GGAACAGACUCGGGAAAGCGAGCGGUGAGAGAGAGAAAAAGACGCGGCUCCCGACCGCUGCGCCCUCUGGGAACUGUAGUUUAUACUGCUCUGUUUCUUGCGCAAUCUCCAGCGCACUUCCUUCAAGCGUUGAACUACACUUCCCGAGGUCAGAGGGUAUUCUCAAGCCCUGCCUGCGUUCGUCCUCGAUUGCAAAGUAGUCCCGAGGGCGAGCCGCUGUGAUUGGAGAAUCGCGGUUUGGGCUCGCAGGAAAAGACUGCCUGAUGGCGCCCAGCAAUUGGCGAGGGCGAGAGGUGUUUGAGGAGUGUGUGCGUCAGGGGAGUAAAGUCAGACCUCUUAGGUACACCACCCACACGUGCGCAACUGAGACUUUAUCCUCCCGCAAGAGUAAAUGUGGGAGGUAAAGAGAUCUUCCGCUGCGUACAGCCGGCUCGACCCGGAAACAAAAUCUUUUAAAACACUAUUCAUAGUUUGAAGGGGCGGGAGGAAUUGACGUGUCGGGAAGACUGAAUGGCUUCUCGUGUUGCUAAGCGACGAGGCCGGGGAGCAAGCGCUUGCAUGGGCCGCUGGGGGGUACCUGAAGAAUAAAUAGGGGCAGCACCUCCGAGACUUAGAAGACCAAGCGAGCGUGCCGCGCCCUCCCGGGUCAUCGUUCCCUAACCAGGGUAGCCUCCACCCCAGGUUGUGUCCGGUGACUAGGUGAGGGGUUUGCGGCGACGCCCCCUCAGGCGGCCAGGGCCCUGAAUCUUUCCUACUCCGGAAGGACACAGAUUCCUUCUGCCAUCAGAUGUCUUUCUGCUUGACUGAACUGCACUUGUGGUCUUUGAAGAAUACCUUACACAUUGGGGAUAGAGAUAUCGGCAUAUACCAGUAUUAUGACAAAAAAGAUCCACCAGCGACAGAGCAUGGUAACUUAGAAGAAAAGCAGAAGUUGGCAGAAUCACGAGAUUAUCCUUGGACGCUCAAAAAUAGACGCCCAGAAAAACUUCGAGACUCGCUCAAGGAGUUGGAGGAGCUGAUGCAAAAUAGUCAGUGUGUGCUGAGCAAAUGGAAGAACAAAUAUAUCUGUCAGCUCCUCUUUGGUUCAGGUGUGCUGGUGUCCCUAAGCCUUUCUGGGCCGCAGCUGGAGAAAGUGGUGAUUGACAGAAGCCUGGUGGGGAAGCUCAUCUCAGACACCAUCAGUGACGCUCUUCUCACAGACAGCUUUAUCAUCUUAUCAUUUUUGGCACAAAACAAACUAUGUUUCAUUCAGUUUACCAAGAAGAUGGGUUCUCCUGAUGUAAACAAAAGAUUGGAAAAACUCUCAGCCUUGGAAUAUAAGAUUUCCUACUAUGAAAUACCUGGGCCAGUAAACAGGACAACAGAGCGUCACCUCGCUAUCAAUUGUGCUCAGGAUAUAGUUGUUUGCUGGUGGCCACUGGUCAGUGAUGAUGCUUGGCCUUGGGCCCCCAUUUCUCCUGAGAAAGACAGAGCCAAUCUGCUGCUCCUGGGUUAUGCUCAAGGAAGACUGGAGGUUCUGAGUUCUGUCCGCACAGAAUGGGAUCCACUGGAUGUUCGCUUUGGCACCAAACAGACUUAUCAGGUGUUGACAGUGGAGCACUCCAUCAGUGUAGACAAAGAGCCCAUGGCUGACAGUUGCAUCUAUGAAUGUGUUCGGAACAAAAUCCAGUGUGUCUCAGUCACCAGAAUACCACUAAGAUCAAAGGCCAUUAGCUGUUGCAGGAAUGUUACUGAAGACAAACUGAUUCUGGGCUGUGAAGAUUCUUCAGUAAUUCUUUAUGAAACUCACCGUAGAGUGACUCUCUUAGCCCAGGCUGAACUUUUGCCUUCAUUAAUAAGCUGCCACCCAAGUGGCACAAUUCUGCUAGUUGGCAGCAGCCAAGGAGAGCUGCAAAUUUUUGAUAUGGCUCUAUCCCCUAUUCACAUCCAGCUCUUGGCUGAAGACCGCUCACCCAGGGAGACUCUGCAAUUCAAUAAAUGUUUUGAUGUUUCCAGCAGUCUUGUUCAAAUGCAGUGGAUAGCUCCGCAAGUUGUUUCUCAGAAGCCUGAAAGUGGGGACAUCUAUGAUCUCCUCUUCCUCAGAUUUGACAGAGGACCUUUGGGUGUACUUCUGUUUAAAUUUGGUAUCUUCACGCGAGGACAGCUGGGCCUGGUAGACAUCGUCUUCCAGUACCUUCACUGUGAUGAGAUCUAUGAGGCGAUAAACAUACUGAGCAGUAUGAACUGGGACACACUGGGCCACCAGUGCUUUAUCAGCAUGAGUGCCAUUGUAAACCAUCUUCUUAGACAAAAGCUCACUCCAGAGAGAGAAGAACAGCUUGAGGCAAGCCUUGGAACCUUCUAUGCUCCAACAAGACCACUCUUGGAUACAACUAUAUUGGAAUAUAGAGACCAAAUCAGCAAAUAUGCAAGGAGAUUCUUCCACCACUUGCUCAGGUACCAGAGAUUUGAAAAGGCAUUUCUGUUAGCUGUUGACAUCGGUGCUCGUGACCUGUUUAUGGAUAUCCAUUACCUUGCACUAGAUAAGGGUGAAUUGGCACUAGCUGAAGUGGCAAGAAAAAGAGCUAGCGACAUUGAUGCAGAAUCAAUAACUUCUGGAGUUGAACUCCUGGGGCCUUUGGACAGAGGGGAUAUGCUAAAUGACGCUUUUGUUGGCCUAUCUUUAACACCUCACCGAGAAGACACAUUUCCAGAUAAUUUUUGUUCAAUCCAUAGACAUAUUAUUCAACAAAGAACAUUGAAUGUCUCUUCUAACAGACAAGUAUUUGACAGAAGGGAUGAACUUGAAAAAGACAUCUGUGCUGAAUCUUUGAAGGAAGGAGAAAUGAGAGAAGACUGCAUAGGACAGGAAACUGGAGAUGGUGGUUCUCUCAGAAUGCUUCACUUUGGUUUGGUGUAAAAAGAAAUUUGUGUUUUACUUAAAAGAGACACCCACAUUUUUCACAUCUAAACUUUUUCAUGGCCUGAUACUGACUAAAAUCUCCCUGUAUGGAUUAAAAAGAGGAAAGACAGUAUGAAUUAGUUAAGAGUUUUAAAUUCAGAGUGUUUUCAAAGCAAAGUUUUAUUAGUUUCAAAAACAUGUAGCAUUAUGGCAAAGUGAUCCUAAAUAAAAGUCCUUAACUUAUUUUCAAUAAUGUAAAAUUUUGGAAGGUUCUUAAUUGUUAAGAUUCUUCAAAAGUAGAACACUUAAACUUGGUUCUUACAAGUAUUUUAUUUUAAACAUUUCCUCUUGUGCUCUUUUUUACAUUAUUAAUUUGCAUUAUGAUUGAAGUAUUAAGCAAAUAUUUCAGACCAGACCCAUUGUUGGGAGACAAUUUUCCAAGGAUCUCUUGAAUUACUGCUAUGAGGUACUGAUUCCCCCUUGGAGCAAGAUACUAUCUCCCUAUGGAACAAAGGACAGGCAUGCUUACUGCCCCGAAUGAAAGAUCAGAGUUCCCUAAGCUCAGAGUCCCUAUCCUUUACACAGUCCACUGAGUGUGAAGAUGUCAUCUAGCCCUCUUUACAUCACUCUUUACACCACCCACCUGGAAAUGGGGCUCAGAGAAUCAAUGCCCACCCCCCUAAAAAAGUUGAUUCUCUAUGUACUAUUACUGUGAGAAAUAAACUACUUUAUCUCUGACCCAGGAGUUUCAUGUCUUAUACCAGCACAAAACUGUAGUUUGGUAACUUGGCAGCUUGCAAGUAGGGUUAAAAUCUCAGAUCCUUUAUAAAGUUCUUGACACCCAUUCAUUUGUAGAUAGCAUAUAUUUUAUAAUUGUAUAAUAAAUGUCUAUAAUAAUGAACAUCUUUUUCAACCACUGUACAUGAGGUAAAUUAUAUAUUUAACUCUUAUGGCUAAAAGUUAAUUAGAUUGAAGGCUUUUAUACUUCAGGUUUUUCUCCCUAUUUCCUAUUCAUCUGUACCUCAACCAGAGGGUAUGGCAAAGAAAGAAGAUGAAACUCAAAUUACAUUUUUCAGUUUGCUAUUGCUCUGGAAAAGUUUUACUAAUGCAUAGUAUGUAAGUCAUACUAAAAAGAGAUGUAGAGUUACCAGCAAAUUUUCAUUUUACUAUUGCCAUCGUUCUUUAUCACAUUAAUCAAAAGUUAACUAAUUGAUAAGGAAAAAUUGUGAUUACAUCACAGAAAUGGCAGUAUGAGAUGUACUUCUUGAAAUCUCCCCUGGAAUUUAUAACAAGUUGAACAGCUAUAAUUCAACAAAGGACUCCCUGCUCAGCAUACAGGCACACCUGAGAGACCCACAAAUUGAAGGAAAAAAUUGUAUUGAGAAAGAUGUUUUUUUUAUCAAGAUGGCAACAUUUUCUCCAGAUUUUCUAGUAAAUAAUCAUUAACCAAAAAUACAAACUGCAUUUUU